CUGACCGUGAAGUUUCUAACCAAGAGGUUCAUAAGCGAAUAUGAUCCGAACUUGGAGGACACCUACGCCUCGGAGGAGCUGGUAGACCAGCAGCCCGUGCUGCUGAAGGUGAUGGACACCGCCGACCAGGACGGCCCCGGGAAUUGCGAGCGCUACCUGCGCUGGGCCAGCGCCUUCCUCGUCGUCUACAGCAUCGACGAUAGGAAGAGCUUCGAGGGCUGCCAGCGCUACCUGGAGGUCCUCGCCCUGCACGUGAGGGGCUGCCGGCACCGCUGCCCCGUGCUCCUGCUGGGCAACAAGCUGGACAUGGAGCAGUACAGGCAGGUGCCUGCAGCUGAAGGGAUGUCGCUGGCGAGCAGAUUUGGGUGCCUCUUCUACGAGGUGUCAGCGUGCCAGGACUUCACGGGGGUGCAGCACGUCUUCCACGAAGCCGUGCGGGAGGUGCGGCGCCGGGAGGUGCGGCACCAGGCGGAGCGGAGCGCGCCUGUCCGGCCGCUCUUCAUCACCGAGGAGCACCCCUGCCCGCCGGUGGCCGCCGCCACCCGCCACGGCUUGGCCAGCUGCACCUUCAACACUCUCUCCACCGUCAACUACAAGGAGAUCCCCUCGGUGGCCCAGGCCAAGCUGGUCACCGUCAAGUCCUCGCGGGCUCAGAGCAAGAGGAAAGCUCCCACGCUCACCUUGCUGAAAGGCUUCAAGAUAUUUUAG